AAAUGUAUCAUUAUCCACCACCACCAGCCAUAAACACUGGUUGUGUGGCUCACUCACCGCUUUCGCUUCACUCCAUCAAAGGUUCAAUCUUUUCUUUCUUUCACAAACAAGACUUCAUAUUGCAGCUAUAUAAGGUUUGCAUGUAAUAAUAAUCUGUUCAACAGAUCUUUAUCUGAAAAACAGUGCGCCGAGCUCAGCCUUCUGAAUUAAUGAGCUUCCCAUGCCUUUAUUAGAUAUUGCUACUUCACAGGCUUGUUCUUGUUUCCUGAACAAUAUAUUAGCAUUUAGGACAAAACCCAACUUCCAUAACAGAAUUCUAGUUAAAAAUGAUAGGGUAUUGGAAUUGGGAACUGCAUUUUCUUGGAAAAGUUUUUGUGUCACUGAGAAAUUGCUGCAUAAAAAUUCAAUCUUGGGGGGGUUCGGCUUAUCGAGAGGCAGGUUGACGAUAAAUGCCGUUGCUACCCUCGAAAACCCUAGUGUUGCCAAGAAAAAUGAAGGGGUGAAGCCGAAGGGGUGUAGUAAAAACAUGUUGAGUAAUGUGGAUAUUGAUUCGGUGAGUUCGAAUUCCACGUCGUUGGAGCCGCAAAAAUCUUCGUGUGAGGAAUCGUCAGAACUUAACGAUAGAGAGGUUUUGAGGCGGAUGAGGAUUUCCAAAGCGAAUUCGGGGAAAACACCUUGGAAUAAAGGCAGGAAACACAGCCCGGAGACCUUGCAGCGGAUCAAAGAGAGAACCAGGCUUGCAAUGCAAAAUCCUAAGGUCAAGAUGAAGCUACAAAACUUGGGGCAUGCUCAAAGCGACGAAACGAGGAUAAGAAUCGGAGUGGGUGUUCGACUAGGGUGGGGAAGAAGAAGAGAGAAACUUAUGGUGCAAGAAACGUGCCACCAUAAGUGGCAGGAUCUUAUUGCACAAGCCGCCCAAAAGGGUCUUUUCGGUGAGGAGGAGUUGCAGUGGGAUUCUUACAAGACAAUGGACGAACACCUCGAGCAAGAAUGGCAGCAGAGCGUUGAGGAAAGAAAGAACAAUCCGAGGGCUAAAGGGAGCAAAAGAGCACCGAAAUCCCCCGAACAAAAGAGGAAGAUUGCAGAAGCUAUAUCCGCCAAAUGGGCCGAUCCUGAUUACCGUAAUAGAGUUUGCUCCGGUCUGGCUAAAUUUUACGGAAUAUCGGAGAGGGUUGAGAGAAAGCCUAGGAUAAUAAGGCAGAGUGGUAAUGGUGAUGGACAAGCUCGAAAACGACGGUCCACAAAUAAAGAUGAGAACUUUCAUCUUGGAAAGCGCGAGACGAAAGGCCAAGUUCGGUCAAAGAGGCGUAAACCGCCGCUUUACAAGGAUCCGUUUGCAAGUUCGAAACUUGAGAUGUUGAAGAAUAUCAGAGCGCAGAGAGCUUCUUCUGUGAGCAAGAAAAGUGAAGCCAUCUCCAUGGCAAAGUUGAUGAUUGCCGAAGCUGAAAAAGCGACCGAGGCGCUUGAAAUAGCUUCCAAGAACAGCCCUAGUGUUCAUGCAUCUUUAAUAGAAAGCAGGUUGUUAAUUGCCGAAGCAAUUCAGUUUAUGAAAUCAAUCGAGAACGACGAUGAAGAGGAUCCGAUUAUUUCCUCCGAAAAUGGCAAUGGCAAUUGUUUUUCGGAGAAACCAAUCGAAGUAGAAGGAAUAGAUUCGGAUACUCGUCAAACUAUAAACGGAGUUCACAGCUUAGUGAAUGGAAAAACGAGUUGUAACGGUUUUCAUUCACUUGGAUUGGAGAACGAAACGAGUCUCUUCGAUUCGGCUAAGUAUGCUGAGGAGAGUCGAGAUAAGUUAUUUGAAGAAGAAGAAGCUGAAAAACAAGUGAAAGUGAUCAAGAAAUGGGUUGCAGGGAGGUUGGUUGAAGUUGUUGAAGAGACAUAGUUUUGAUUUUAAGUUAUUUUUUUUUUAUAAAUAGAUAUAACUCAUCAUACUUUUUUAUCCCUUUUGCUAGGGAAAUUAAUAUAGAGUGUAUUUUUUAUUGUAUCCAAAUUUUGGUGUCAAAGAGUUCAAAGUAUAACUUCAAAUUUGAAGUACA